UCCUCCCCAACACCAACACACACUGACAGCACAGGCUGAGGAGCCAGACCCAGAGUGACUGACCGUGGGCCCCGCUUGUCCCGGCUGGCCUGGUCAGCCUCUGGAUUAUGGUCUGGCUGGGGCCCCCUUUGCUGCUCCCCAUCUUCUUCCUGGCUUCUCAUGUUGGCGCUGCGGUGGACCUGACGCUGCUGGCCGACCUGCGCCUGACAGAGCCCCAGCGCUUCUUCCUGACCUGCGUGUCCGGGGAGGCGGGGGCGGGCAGGGGCUCGGACGCCUGGGGGCCCCCGCUGCUGCUGGAGAAGGACGACCGCAUCGUGCGCACGCCCCGGCCCUGGCAGCCCCUGCACCUGGCCCGCAAUGGCUCGCGCCAGGUGACACUGCGCGGCUUCUCGCAGCCCUCCGACCUGGUGGGCGUCUUCUCCUGCGUGGGCGGCGCGGGGGCGCGGCGCACGCGCGUCCUCUACGUGCACAACAGCCCAGGAGCCCACCUGCUCCCGGACAAGGUCACACACACGGUGAAUAAGGGCGACACGGCAGUACUUUCCGCGUGGGUGCGCAAGGAGAAGCAGACAGAUGUGAUCUGGAAGAGCAACGGAUCCUACUUCUACACCCUGGACUGGCACGAGGCCCAGGAAGGGCGGUUUUUGCUGCAGCUCCCAAGCGUGCAGCCGUCAUCAAGCGGCAUCUACAGUGCCACCUACCUGGAAGCCAGCCCACUGGGCAGCGCCUUCUUUCGACUCAUCGUGCGGGGUUGUGGGGCAGGGCACUGGGGACAAGACUGUACCAAGGAAUGCCCGGGCUGCCUGCAUGGAGGUGUCUGCCACGACCAGGACGGCGAGUGUGUGUGCCCCCCUGGAUUCACUGGGACCCGCUGUGAGCAGGCCUGCAGAGAGGGCCGUUUUGGGCAGAGCUGCCAGGAACAGUGCCCAGGCACAUCAGGCUGCCGAGGCCUCACCUUCUGCCUUCCGGACCCCUAUGGCUGUUCUUGUGGAUCUGGCUGGAGAGGAAGCCAGUGCCAGGAAGCCUGUGCCCCAGGUCAUUUUGGGGCUGACUGCCACCUCCAGUGCCAGUGUCAGAACGGCGGCACUUGUGACCGCUUCAGCGGCUGCGUCUGCCCCUCCGGGUGGCAUGGGGUGCACUGUGAGAAGUCAGACCGGAUCCCCCAGAUCCUGGACAUGGUUUCAGAACUGGAGUUCAACUUAGAGACGACACCCCGGAUCAACUGUGCCGCCGCGGGGAACCCCUUCCCAGUCCGGGGCAGCGUGGAGCUCCGCAAGCCGGAUGGCACGGUCCUCCUGUCCACCAAGGCCAUUGUGGAGCCAGAUAGGACCACAGCCGAGUUCGAGGUGCCCCGCUUGGCUCUUGGGGACAGUGGGCUCUGGGAGUGCCGCGUGUCCACGUCCGGUGGCCAAGACAGCCGACGCUUCAGGGUCAACGUCAAAGCCCAGGGGGUCCCCAGAUCUAAACCAAAAACCAGAGUUGUCUUUGAUGCCCAGAAGACAGAGUCUGCUCUUAUUUCCAACGACGGGAGGGUGCUGUCUGGGCCAUGCCUUACCCCGAGUCUCCUGGCAGUGCCCCCGGUGCCCCUGACUGCCCCUCGGCUCCUGGCCAAGCAGAGCCGCCAGCUCGUGGUCUCCCCGCUGGUCUCCUUCUCCGGGGAUGGGCCCAUCGCCUCUGUACGGCUGCACUACCGGCCCCAGGACAGCACCAUGGCCUGGUCCACCAUCGUGGUGGACCCCAGUGAGAACGUGACGUUAAUGAACCUGAGGCCGAAGACGGGAUACAGUGUCCGCGUGCAGCUGAGCCGGCCAGGGGAAGGUGGGGAGGGGGCCUGGGGGCCUCCCACCCUCAUGACCACAGACUGUCCUGGUGAGAGGCCAAGAGUUAUCCCUUUCUGCCCCCCAGGGGUUACUGUCCUAUGCACUCAGGGUUGUCAUGGCUUGUCCACCCUGGGGGUCCCUGCCUUUCCCACUGGAGGUUGUCCCCUGGGGAUCAGUAUCCCGUCCGGCCCCAGGGACCCACCGGACAGUUCUGACCCCCGACCUCUGGCCCCAGAGCCCUUGUUGCAGCCGUGGCUGGAGGGCUGGCAUGUGGAGGGCCCCGACCGGUUGCGAGUGAGCUGGUCCUUACCCUCGGUGCCGGGGCCACUGGUGGGCGAUGGUUUCCUGCUGCGCCUGUGGGACGGGGCCCGGGGACAGGAGCGGCGGGAGAACGUCUCGUCCCCCCAGGCCCGCACCGCCCUCCUGACCGGACUCACACCUGGCACCCACUACCAGCUGGACGUGCGACUCUACCACUGUACCCUCCUGGGCCCAGCCUCACCCGCUGCUCGUGUGCUUCUGCCCCCCAGCGGGCCCCCAGCCCCCCGACACCUCCACGCCCAGGCCCUUUCAGACUCCGAGAUCCAGCUGGUGUGGCAGCGCCCAGAGGCUCCAGCUGGGCCUAUAUCCAAGUACAUUGUGGAGGUGCAGGUGGCUGAGGGCUCAGGAGACCCGCUGUGGAUGGACGUGGACAGGCCCGAGGAGACGAGCACCGUCGUCCGCGGCCUCAACGCCAGCACGCGCUACCUCUUCCGUGUGCGGGCCAGCGUCCAGGGCCCCGGUGACUGGAGCAACAUGGUAGAAGAGUCCACCCUAAGCAAUGGGCUGCAGAGUGAGGGCCCGGUCCAAGAGGUCCAGGCAGCUGAAGAGGGUCUGGAUCAACAGCUGGUCCUGGCUGUGGUGGGCUCUGUGUCUGCCACCUGCCUCACCAUCCUGGCUGCCCUCUUAACCCUGGCGUGCAUCCGCAGAAGCUGCCUGCAUCGCAGACGCACCUUCACCUACCAGUCGGGAUCGGGUGAGGAGACCAUCCUGCAGUUCAGCUCGGGCACCUUGACACUGACCCGGCGGCCAAAACCACAGCCCGAGCCCCUGAAUUACCCAGUGCUGGAAUGGGAGGACAUCACCUUUGAGGAUCUCAUUGGGGAGGGGAACUUCGGCCAGGUCAUCCGGGCCAUGAUCAAGAAGGACGGACUCAAGAUGAACGCAGCCAUCAAGAUGCUGAAAGAGUAUGCCUCUGAAAAUGAUCAUCGUGACUUCGCGGGAGAACUGGAAGUUCUGUGCAAAUUGGGGCAUCACCCCAACAUCAUCAACCUCUUGGGGGCCUGUGAGAACCGAGGUUACUUGUAUAUCGCCAUUGAAUAUGCCCCCUAUGGGAACCUGCUCGAUUUCCUGAGGAAGAGCCGGGUCUUGGAAACUGACCCAGCUUUUGCCCGAGAACAUGGAACGGCCUCCACCCUCAGCUCCCGGCAGUUGCUGCGUUUUGCCAGUGAUGCCGCCAAUGGCAUGCAGUACCUGAGUGAGAAGCAGUUCAUCCACAGGGACCUGGCUGCCCGAAACGUGCUAGUCGGAGAGAACCUGGCCUCCAAGAUUGCGGACUUCGGCCUUUCUCGGGGGGAGGAGGUUUAUGUGAAGAAGACGAUGGGGCGUCUCCCCGUGCGCUGGAUGGCCAUUGAGUCUCUGAACUACAGUGUCUAUACCACCAAGAGCGAUGUUUGGUCCUUUGGGGUCCUCCUCUGGGAGAUCGUGAGCCUUGGGGGCACCCCAUACUGCGGCAUGACAUGUGCCGAGCUCUAUGAGAAGCUGCCGCAGGGCUACCGCAUGGAGCAGCCUCGCAACUGUGAUGAUGAAGUGUACGAGCUGAUGCGGCAGUGCUGGCGGGACCGUCCGUACGAGCGACCCCCCUUUGCCCAGAUCGCGCUGCAGCUGGGCCGAAUGCUGGAAGCCAGGAAGGCCUACGUGAACAUGUCGCUGUUUGAGAACUUCACGUACGCGGGCAUCGACGCUACAGCUGAGGAGGCCUGAGCUGCCAUCCGGCCAGAACGUGGCUCUGCUGGCCAGAGCAAACUCGGCUCUUCAACCUGUGACUUCUGACCCUUGUCGCCUGAGCUGCCUCAAGGAAUUGUUUUUUAACUUAAGGAAGAAAAAAGGGGAUCCAGGGAUGGGGUGGGCUUCGGGGGGGGUGGGUCCUCAUCCUUUGCAGUUGCUCCCAGUGCCUCCUGAAUCACUGACGGCUACCCUCACGUCCUUCGUUCUAGUUCAGCUGUUCCACGUUUGUGCUCUUCUGUUCCCUGCCCUCAAACCCCUGCUUCAGCCCCUCCACUCAAGCCAGCACUCAUACCACUAACAUGCCCUGUUCAGCUGCGCCCCACUCCCAGCCUUGUAAUCAGGAAAAAUAAAUGCUCUGAGAAGCUCCA